AACAGGUAAACUAUGCGCCAUCCCCGGCUUCAUUAUUGUUGUGGGUGGAGGUUGACGAUGCAGACGAUCAUACGAAUUCUUAAAAACAUGAAUCCGAUCUGUUAUAUCGCCUUUGCUUUCAUGUCUGUGCCGUCAGCAACACCAAUGUAGGCUACAUGCAAUGUGAUCGAUAUCAGGCUAGACCUCAUGCUCUCAUGUCACACCGUGACGUCAGAGAGAGGGCGGCAGACGGCGGGGUGGGGAGGGUGCCAGGGUAUAAAACUCCAGAGACUGACUCUCCGGGCUGCAUUCUGAGUUUGGGAGUGUAAGGCAUCACUCAUGGAAGUACGGAGAAACAGCGGACCGCAACAGACGAACAGCAGCAGUAUGUGUGAACCGACGCCGAGGUCCAGCGAACCUCGCCGAAAGAGAAUGGAUGAGCGCAGUGCGCCCUCAGAGAUGGCCAGGAUAAUCACCGAUCCUGCCACGGGGAAAUGCUACUGCCGUGGAAAAGUUUUGGGAAAGGGAGGGUUCGCAAAAUGCUAUGAGAUGACCGACCUCUCCACCAGCAAAGUUUAUGCAGCCAAAAUCAUCCCGCAUGCGCGCGUCUCCAAACCUCACCAACGGGAGAAGAUUGACAGAGAAAUUGAGCUGCACAGAUUAUUGCACCAUAAGCACAUAGUGCACUUCUAUCACCAUUUUGAGGACAAGGAGAACAUCUACAUCCUGUUGGAAUACUGCAGCAGAAAAUCAUUAGCCCAUAUCCUGAAGGCUCGCAAAGUGCUCACUGAGCCAGAGGUUCGUUAUUAUUUAAGGCAGAUCGUCUCUGGGCUGAGGUACCUGCACGAACAAGAGAUCCUUCACAGAGACUUGAAACUUGGUAACUUUUUUGUGAGCGAGUCAAUGGAGUUGAAGGUCGGAGACUUUGGUCUGGCUGCCAAGUUGGAGCCAGCAGGAAACAGGAGGAAGACGAUCUGUGGGACUCCCAACUACCUGUCCCCUGAGGUGCUCAACAAGCAGGGCCACGGCUGUGAAUCAGACAUCUGGGCUCUAGGCUGUGUAAUGUACACCAUGCUGUUGGGCAGGCCACCAUUUGAGACCACCAACCUGAAGGAGACAUACAGGUGUAUUAGAGAGGCGCGUUAUUCCCUGCCCUCCUCCCUGUCGCCACAGGCUAAGCAGUUGAUUGCCAACCUGUUAGCCAAGACCCCAGAGGACAGACCAAACCUGGACCACAUUCUGAGGCACGACUUCUUCACACAGGGCUUCAGUCCAGAACGUCUGCCGCCUAGCUGUUGCCAUUCACCACCAGAUUUCCAUGUCUCUAGUCCUGCCAAGAGCUUCUUCAAGAAAGCUGCCGCUGCGCUCUUUGGCGGAAGAAGAGACAAGGUCAAAUAUUACGAGACUCUGAAUAAGUUAACCAAAGAGGAGGAGGAGAUCUACAAACUGCAGCAUGAUUUGGAGAGAACUGCCAUCAGCCAACAACAAAGCAAACAGAUUUCUGAGAAUGGAAGUCUACUUCCGCCAUCUGCCGAAAGCCCUGUUGCCCCGGCAACAGAGAGCCAAUCCCCGUCGACGCGAGACACCAUCCGUCUGAUCGUAAGAGGGAGUCUGGGGAGCUGCAGCAGCAGCAGCGAAUGUCUUGAAGACAACACGACAGGGAGCGUGGCUGAGACUGUUGCAAGUGUGUUGAGGGGAUGUCUGGAGAGUAUGCCUAAAGCGGAUGACAUUCCUCAGGGCUCAAACUGCUGCAAUCUUCAGUGGGUGACUAAAUGGGUGGACUACUCCAACAAGUAUGGCUUUGGCUACCAAUUGUCUGAUCACACCGUGGGAGUUCUCUUCAACAACGGCACUCACAUGAGCCUCCUGCCAGACAGAAAGACCAUCCAUUACUAUGCAGAGUUGGGCCAGUGCUCUGUCUUCCCCACUUGUGAGGUUCCUGAACACUUUGUAGGCCAGGUGACUGUGCUCAAGUACUUUUCCCACUACAUGGAGGAGAACCUCAUGGAUGGCGGGGAUCUGGGUAGUAUGACAGAUGCACACAUGCCCAGACUCUACCUGCUGCAGUGGCUCAAGUCCGACCGCGCCCUUAUGAUGCUCUUUAAUGAUGGCACUUUCCAGAUCAACUUUUACCAUGACCACACCAAGAUCAUCCUUUGUUGCCAGAGGGAUGAGUACAUGCUGACAUACAUCAACGAGGAACGCGUCUCCAAAACUUUCAAACUCAGCUGCCUGCUGAAGUCCGGCUGCCCCAGCGACCUGCGCGAACGCAUGGUGUAUUCCCUCAACAUGCUUCUGCAGAGAUGCAGCUAAAUCUACACUAACGUGCCAUGGACAGAGUUAAAUCUACCCGUCGUACUACUGCAGUGCUACAGUGGAACCAGGAUUCGGAUGAACCUGUGUGAGAAGGACGAGUUUGUGGUCGAACCUUUGGAAAAGUGACUAAACAUUCCUACACUGUCGCACCUUCGUGACUGAGCAGAGGUGCAGGUGGAAAAAAAAAUAAUACGGAUGGACUCAGUGGAUGGGAGAAUGAAAUGUAGCACAACGAGAGAGUAAAGGGCUGUUUUGUAUGUUAAUUGUUGGAGGAGAGGAAAGACUGAGCUUGUUGGAAUGAGUAUGUUGGUACGAAUGUGCACCCCAGAUGUUUGUGGGGGAGAAAAGAGGGAUGAUUGGGAAGUAAAGACAAAUGCUGGGCAGGCACCAGCUUAAAUGUGUAUAGUACAGUUGAUGCUGUUUUAUAGAGAUCAUGCAUAACUUGAUGCUCUGGGUGUAAUCAGAGUUAGACUGUGGAAUAUUGUAAAUGAUGUAUAGUGUUUAUCACAGCCAGCUCAGCAGUGCAAAGGAAAGGUUUGCUAAUAUGUGUGUGGAGGCAGCAGACGCGUGUGUGUGUGUGUGUGUGUGUGUGUGUGUGAGGGAUAUAACAUCACACUUAGAACUGCGAUCGGUUCUCUUAACGGACAGAUGGACUCAGCACACUGAGCUGUAAACCAGAAGGGUGACAUGAGGGGGGAGGAGGGGAGGCAGGAGGAGAGAAUGACAUUUAAAAAAAAAAAAAGAAAGAACAUUACCAAGGAUCCUCUAAGGACCCCUUAAGAGCCAUUAUCACCUUAGUAGAAAAUGUCCUGAAUAAAUUAUUGUGUAAGAAAAGUGCAGUAUUUAUUUAUUUAAUAAUAAAGAGAAUUUUCUAAAAAGAAAA